AUGUCACUUCACAUAUUUAAAUCGAAUUCAACUCCAAAGGAUCCUACGAACAUAGAACGAUUACACUAUAUAGCAACUGGUAGUUCUGCAGAAGACCUCUAUUUACCAUUUACUACAAAUAUUCAAUCAGAUAUAGAUCGAAUGUUUGAAUUUCCAAACAUGAUUGUUAUUGACCGUGAACAAUUAUUACCAAAUCAAUUUGAAACAUAUCGACAGUUAAAGCUUGGUAUACUCUCCCUUGAGUAUUCUAAUAAAAAAUAUCCAUGUUAUGUUAAACUCUACUUUUAUUCAUCAUGCGACCAUACGAUGAAAAAGUAUAAACAAUUAUUAAUAAAUCCAGAGAAUAAAUUACAAAUAACUGAAUCAAAAGUAGAAUCAAAUGAAAACAGAAAAUAUUUUUCACCUGAUGAUUUUCUUGCUUGGUUUGAACGUAACUGGCCUAGCGAAGCGAAUGAGUUAAUUCAGAGACAUGGUCCAUCUUUGUGUUUAACAACAGCCAAUGAUCCAAAUCUACCACUUCCAAUGGACCACGUUCCAUCAUUCCGAUGUUAUUGCUGGCCAAAGCCAGCCACCUCUUGGGUAAUACGAUUAAGAAAAAGUGACUGGCCAAAUAAAGAUUUAAUUGAUAAAAUUGUUUCAUUUGGUUGUCAUCUCGUUGUAUUGCCGCAUCCUCUAAGCGUUGACAAAAAUGAAUGGCGUCUGUCAUUUUCUGUUGCUGAAGUAUUAUUAGCACAAUCAUUAAAUGAUUAUCAGAAAAAAUGUUACCUAAUAAUGAAAGCUAUAUUUAAAGUACAUAUCAAUUCAGAUUAUCCGGAUACCAUAUGCAGUUAUUAUUUAAAAACGAUAUUUUACUGGUUUUGUGAAACAACCAGAAAAGAACAGUUUACUUACGAAACCUUGUAUGAUCGUUUCAUUGAUUAUGCAGAUUUGAUUGUUGAAUGUUUUCGAGAAAAAUAUAUAGAACAUUAUUUUGUUUCCAAUCAUAAUCUAAUUGACCAUAUGGAUGAACAUAUAUUAAUGAAAAUCGUUGAUAAAUUUAGUGAAAUUAAAAUGAAUCUAUUGAAUAUCAUUGAAAAAUGUGAGCAAUACUACUAUGAAACAAAUCGAUUUUUACGAUUUUCUCCAAUUAUCGAUGAACUAGACAAAUCUACUGAUGAUAAUACAUGUAUUAUUGUUUAUUAUGCAUCAUUUAUUCAAGCACUGGUUUUACAACAACGAUCUAUUGAUUACUCAUUAUUAGUUACUAGUGAAUGCAUGGAUAGGAAUUAUUUAGCUAAGUGUUCAGAUAAUGCAGCAAAAUAUUUGAUAAAUGCUGUUGGUACUCUAGCAAAUUUGAUUGCUGACACAGAUGAAUGUUCACUACAAUUUCUAAAAGCAAAUGACAUUAUUAUUAAAAUUUGUGAAGUAAAAUUAUUUACUAACAAUGAUAAGACAUAUGAGACAGCUAAAAAAAAUUACGAUGAGGUCAAAACGAAAUUAGAGACUUUGAAUACAAACAGUUAA